GUAACCUUAUUGUUAUUCCCUGUUCCUUUAAAUAAAUUUCUGGCACCCCGAGCAAAUAUCGAGCAGCAGCAGCCCUCGCGGUGGUGAGAGAGGCAGAGUGUGGUCAUGGAGGACCAGACUGGGUCACCUGGAGCAAACACUGACAAUAACAACCAGAGGAAUGGAGAGGAGAAACCCAGGCGUAAUAGCUGGACCAAAGGGCGGAAGAGGAAGAAGCCAGUGAAAGACAGCAAUGCCCCCAAGGCACCGCUGACUGGUUACGUGCGUUUCAUGAACGACCGGCGUGAGCAGCUCAGGGCGGAGCGACCAGACGUGCCCUUUCCUGAAAUCACCAGGAUGCUGGGAAAUGAAUGGAGCAAGCUUCCCCCAGACGAGAAGCAGCGCUACUUGGAUGAGGCAGAGAAGGACAAAGAACGGUACAUGCGUGAGCUGGAGAAAUACCAGAAGACUGAGGCUUACAAGCAUUUCACCAGAAAAGUGCAGGAGAAACAGAAGGGCAAGAGGCACAGAGGAGAUGCUGGACGGCAGGUUGUCAACGAAUCCCUUCACGAGAAGGAUGCCGAAGGGAAGGACCGCUCUGUGUUUGAUAUCCCAAUCUUCACAGAGGAGUUUCUCAACCACAGUAAAGCACGUGAGGCAGAGUUGCGACAGCUGCGCAAGACCAAUAUGGAGUAUGAGGAGCGUAACGCAGCACUGCAGAAGCACGUGGAGAGCAUGCGUGGAGCAGUGGAAAGGCUGGAGGGGGACGUGAUGCAGGAACGCAGUCGAAACACUCUAUUACAGCAGCACCUGGAGACGCUGCGUCAGGCACUCACCAGCAGCUUCUCUGGUGUGCCUCUGCCUGGUAGUGGAGAGACCCCCACUCUUGACACAAUUGACUCCUACAUGAAAAAGCUUCAUGGCAUUAUUCUGUCCAAUCCCCAAGAGCACGAGGACCUGAUCAGCACAGUCAGAGAUGUAGUGAACCGUCUUGACAGGUAAUUGAAACCCACUGUUGUGACCUUGUGGAACAGUAUGAUAAGAAUCCACAUCUUCUCAGAUCAUUCUUGAGAUCAAUUUUAGCGAUAUACAGUCUGGAUUUUAGGUCUGCUUUUUAUUACCAAGCUGAACCCAUGUCAAACUAUUUAUUAUUUUCUAUA